AGGUACCUAGGUUCCAUUGGAUACCCCUCACAGCAAAACUUUAGUGGUUUUUUUCUUUCUUUUUUUCUUCUGUCCCUAUUAUUACACAUCAAUAUAUGCACCUCGCUUCCUCUUAAAAUGGCUAGCGACGAUAUUUCGAGUUCGAUAGAUCCUUCUAUCAUUUCAUAUCUCAAGGCACACGGCGAGGAGGAAAUUGAGGUUGGAGACAAGCUCCACCAUAUCGUCGCAUCUCUAAAUCGCCACACAUCAACUUGCCAGGGUUUUCUUAGCCGCAUCCACUCCACGCCCAGCUCUAAGCUGCUGCCACUCCUGAAGCAGGUGGAGGAUGAUGGCAUCAAGCCCGAGAUUAAGAGUAUCGGAGAGCUAGCCCAGUUCACCUCAGACUACCCUUACUACAAGUAUAAUGGCAAAUGGACUCGUAGUGUUCAAAAUGUUGUAGCCACCAUCUUGUUAAGCGGCUGGUUGGGUGGUUUGGGGACAGAGGCUCGUCCAAGUCAGCUCGGUCGCCUUCUCACAAUAGAAGAGGUUGGUCAAAUUCUCGAAGUGCCUGUCAAUCUCAAGGAUAAAGAUGCGUUUCAUGUUACCGUUGAGGAAUACAUUUUAGCCUUGACGGAUAUCACAGAGGAGCUCAGUCGCUUAGCAAUGAACUCGGUGACUAUGGGUGAUAUUGACUUGACCGUUCGCAUCAGCAACUUCAUCAAGGAUCUGUUCGCCGGAUUUCAACUACUCAACCUAAAGAAUGAUGUCGUCCGAAGGAGAGUCGAUGCUGUCAAAUAUCACGUCAAGAAGGUCGAGGAUGUUAUUUAUGAUUUAUCCCUUCGUAACCUCAUUCCUGGGCAGGAGAGUAGCUCCUAAUUCGACCUGGAACAGCAAGUAAAUUUGCUAGACAUCCAUGGACGUGGUUAUGUUUGGCCAUAUGGAGGGCCACACAGAUGCCUAGUAUAUACCUAGUAGGCAGUAUAUAUAGGUUAGCGAUCAUACCCACGUACUUGUUCAAAGAAACAACUGGGCAGCCUCAAAAAUUUCGAUAAACCGG